GUCCGGUUGCGGAACAAGGCGGGUGUGAGGAUUAUGUAACUUCUCUGGAGGCACAGUGGCACCACUUCCCCCACCCCACUCCCCGGAUGAUUGACAGCCCCCACAGGAGGGUAUAUAAAGAGCGGAUCGCGGUGAAGCCCAGCUACUCCUGGGCUGCUGGUUAGAGCAACGGCUGACGUGCCCGGUGAGUGCGAGAGAGAGAGAGAGAGAGAGAUAGACAGGGUGAUGAUGCCGAGUGAAGAGUUGCGUUGGCUCCUGCUUUGGCUGCUGGCGUUGGGAACCGGGGCUCAGUCUGUCGAUGAUGUCUCCGAAGAGGAGGUCACCUACGACCUGUUCGCCAUCAGCAACGUGAACAGGCAGACGGCUGGAGUGAAGCUCUUUCGAGGUCCCGAGCGCAACAUCCCGGCUUUCCGGUUCAGCCGAUUCGACCAGAUACCUGCAGCCUCCAGCGAGAAGCUCGGCGAGAUCGUGAGGCUCAUGAAGUACCACGAGGGCUUCAUCCUAUGGGCCAGCGUGAGGCAAGACCGAAAGAGCCAGGGGACAUUACUGUCCAUCGAGGGUCCGGGUUACAAACAGCAACUGGAGAUCAUCUCCAACGGACUGGCCAACACGCUGGAUUUCCAGUACACAGUGGAGAGGUCCCAGAACCUGGUCUCCUUCCAGGAUGUGGACAUCGCUGACUCUCAGUGGAAGAACAUCACCGUCCACGUGAGCGGAGAGAACGCCAACCUGUACGUGGGCUGUGAACUUGCCGAUAGCUUCAUCCUCGACGACCCGUUUUACGAGCAACUGACCUCAACUAACAGCAGGCUCUACGUGGCGAAAGGACUGACGCCGGGAAAGAACUUCAAGGGUUUCCUGCAGAACGUCCAGUUCAUUUUUGGCGCUUCCAUAGCAGAUGUCCUCAGGAGUAAAGGCUGCCUUCAUCCAGCCGAGGCCAUGAGCAGUCACGAAAGCCACGAGUUCACAGCGGUCAGCCCGGCUAUGAAGAAUGAGUUCAUUGGCCAGAAAACCAACAAAGUGGUGGAUUUCUGUGACCACUCCUGCUCGGACAUUGGAAACAUGUUUAAAGAGCUGAAUGGACUAAGGGUUCUUGUCAGCACUCUGGCUGAUGGACUAGUUAAAGUGACAGAAGAAAACGUGAUAAUUCGGGACAUCCUGGAGGAGUCGCUGAAGAAGGUGCGUCCAGGGCAAUGUUGGCACAGUGGGCGGCUCUUUGACAACAAUGAAGAGUGGACGGUGGACAGCUGUACAAAAUGUACAUGCCAGGACUUCAGUAUCAUCUGUGGCCGAAUUACCUGCCCUCCUGUGUCGUGUGCCAGCCCCUCCUUCAUCGAGGGCGAGUGCUGCCCCUCCUGUCUCCUCAAGGACAGUGAGAAUGGCUGGUCGCCGUGGUCGGAGUGGACAGAGUGCUCCGUGACUUGUGGCACCGGAACGCAACAGCGGGGAAGGUCCUGUGAUCCCACUAGCAGCCGCUGUGAAGGCCCCUCGAUUCAGACCAAGUCCUGCCAGCCGGCGGAAUGUGACAAACGAAUUCGCCAGGACGGGGGCUGGAGCCACUGGUCGCCAUGGUCUCCCUGCUCGGUAUCCUGCGGAGACGGCAUCACCACACGCAUCCGCCUCUGCAACUCGCCCGUGCCGCAGCUCGGCGGGCAGGACUGCCAAGGGAACGGUCGGGAGACAAAGCAGUGCAUGAAGGCCCCGUGCCCCAUCGAUGGCAACUGGAGCCCCUGGUCCCCUUGGUCAGCCUGCACGGCGACCUGUGGCGGUGGACUCCACGAGCGCAAGCGGAACUGCAACAACCCCGUGCCCAAGUAUGGUGGCAAGAAGUGCCUGGGAGACACCAAGGACAGCAAGCUGUGUAACAAGGAGCCCUGUCCCAUAGAUGGAUGCUUGUCCAACCCCUGCUUUGCUGGAGUACAGUGCAGCAGCUCCCCUGAUGGCUCCUGGGAGUGCGGCCCGUGUCCCGCUGGUUACCGGGGCAACGGCACCUUCUGCGAGGACAUCGACGAGUGUGCCGAGGUCCCCGAUGCGUGCUACCAGAUGAAUGGUGUCCAACGGUGUAUCAACACUGAGCCAGGAUUUCACUGCCUGCCCUGCCCUCCGCGUUACCGAGGCAACCAACCAUUCGGCCUUGGAGUUGAAGCAGCCCAAAAGGACAAGCAAGUCUGUGAGCCUCACAACCCGUGCAAGGACGGUUCCCAUAAGUGCCACAGGUACGCCAGGUGCAUCUACCUGGGCAUUUUCAGUGAGCCCAUGUACAAGUGUGAAUGCAGAAUAGGAUAUGCUGGUGAUGGCAACAUUUGUGGAGAGGAUUCUGACCUGGAUGGCUGGCCCAACGAGCAACUGGCCUGCUCAGCCAAUGCCACCUACCACUGCAAGAAGGAUAACUGCCCUCACCUGCCCAAUUCUGGGCAAGAAGACUUCGACCGGGAUGGAGAGGGAGAUGCCUGUGACAAGGACGAUGACAAUGAUGGGAGGAAUGAUGACCGAGACAAUUGCCCUCUGCUUUACAACCCCAGGCAGUUUGACUAUGACAAGGAUGAUGUGGGUGACCGAUGUGAUAAUUGCCCGUACGACCACAACCCAGCACAGAUUGACACAGAUGGAAACGGCGAAGGCGACGCCUGCUCCGAGGACAUCGACGGGGACGGCAUCCUGAAUGAGGGCGACAACUGUCCCUAUGUUUAUAAUACUGAGCAGAGGGACACUGACAAGGAUGGUGUUGGAGACAUGUGUGACAACUGCCCGCUUAUGCAUAACCCUGACCAGGAGGACUCCGACUCGGACCUGGUGGGCGAUCAGUGUGAUGACAAUCAGGAUAUUGAUGAGGAUGGCCACCAGAACAACCUGGACAACUGCCCGUACAUCGCCAACUCCAACCAGGCCGACCACGACAAGGACGGGAGGGGAGACGCCUGUGAUCCUGACGAUGACAACGAUGGGAUCCCUGAUGAGAGGGACAACUGUCGCCUUGUGCCCAACCCCGACCAGCUAGAUGAUGAUGGUGAUGGUCGAGGGGAUGCCUGUAAGGACGACUUUGAUAAUGACAACAUCCCAGACAUCUAUGACGUGUGCCCUGAGAACAGCGCCAUCAGUGAGACCGACCUGAGAAAUUUCCAGAUGGUCCACCUGGAUCCAAAAGGGACAACGCAGAUCGAUCCCAACUGGGUGGUGCGUAACCAGGGCAGGGAGCUGCUGCAGACCGCCAACUCCGACCCCGGCCUGGCUGUUGGUAGGUAACAAUCGAGUCAAGCCAGGAAAGGCAGAGGUUUUGCCCAUAAUAUCAUAAGACACAAGAACAGAAUUAGGCCUGCUCCGCCAUUCCAUCAUGGCUGAUUUUUUAUCCCUCUCAGCCCCAUUCUUCUGCUUUCUUCCCAUAACAUUUUACGUCCUGAUUAAUUAAGAAUCUAUCAACCAAUGCCUUCAAUGUACCCAAUGAACUGUCGUGCAUAGCUGUCUGUGGCAGUGAAUUCCACAGAUUCAACACCCUUUGGCUAAAGAAAUUUAUCCUUUUCUCUGUGGUAAAUGGAUGUCCCUCAAUUCUGAGGCUGUGCCCUCUGGUUCUAGACUCCUCCACUAUUGGAAACAUCCUCUCUAUGUUCACUCUAUCUCAGCCUUUCCAUGUUCAACAAAGUUCAAUAAUAUCCACCCUCCUUCUUCAAAACUCUAGUGAUUACAGGCCCAGAGCUAUCAAAUGCUCCUCAUAGGUUAACUCUUUCAUUGCUGGGAUCUUUCUUAUGCACCUCCUCUGGACCCUCUCCAAUGCCAGCACUUCUUUUCUGAGAUAAAGGGCCCAAAACAGCUCACAAUACUCCAAGUGUGGUCUGGCCUUCUCUCCAUAACCCUUAACCCCUUGGUCAAUCAGGAACCAAUCAAUCCCUGCCUUCAGUGACUUGGUCUCCUUAGCCUUCCACAGCAAUGAAUUCCCACAGUUCACCACCUUCUGGUUGAAGAAAUUAGUUAGAACAUAGAAUACAGCAGACCAACCCUCUUUUCAGCCCACAAUGUGAUGUCAAAACAGUUAAAAUGCAAAUCAAAAACCCACGAAGAGUUCCUCGCAUUCAUGUGCCGAUCUAAAAGCCUCUUAAAAGCUCUAAUAUAUUCGCCUCUACCGCCAUAGCACCCAAACGGACUCAGGGUUCAAACCCUCCGCGACGUCUCCCCAAGUGCAGCUGUGACGUUCUCAGUGUUUAGUGGUGCAACACCUCGCAUUCUUUUGACCCCUUCCUCCAAAACUUCAAAAACCCGGUACGUUAAUCACCUGACCGCUCUCUCAAACAAGUUUCAGAAAUGCUGACAACGUCGUAGUUCCAUGUGCUGAUCCAGGCUCCGAAUUCAUCAACGUUUCAAACGACCCAACCCAUCAUACCGGCUCGAAAAGACUUCUUCAGAGAGAGUGAUAAACUUUUGUUUGUAUGCCAAUCUACAAAUUGUUCAAUACAGCAGAUAGUACGGAUCGUUCCGUGGGUAGGUACAGCGGGUAGUACGGAUCGUUCCGGGGGUAGGUAC